AUGGAAGGAAGAACACCAUCUUCAAGUCACGUCAGCUUUCGUAUACCAAAGAAGAAAACAAACACCAAGUCAGAGGAUGUCCAAGUUCAGUCCCCUUUGGCAAGGCUCCCAGGCUCCCACCAUUGGGACUACCCUUUAAAAGAGUGGAAAUUAAGUGCCAACAACAGAGAGCCUUCCACAAAAGGAAAAAGGCAAAAGGACUGCGGCAGACACAGCUCUAAUGAUGAAGAAUCAAUUGGGCAACCCAAAGUUAUCUUGACGAAUGUCUUCAGGACGAAAAUAGGAAGAAAAUACACACAGGCGCUACUUAGAACUGGUGCUAUUUUUUCUGAUGCUGGCAAGUUGCAGUCAGAUCAACCACCCUCAUCAUCUGCUGCCAGCCUAAAGAUAUGGCAAAUUUUAAACCCUACUCUUGAAAGCCUUUUUCUGUCUAAAAGGCAACCCAAAGUUAUCUUGACGAAUGUCCUGGGGACGAAAAUUGGAAGAAAAUACAUAGACAGCCACAUAAUAAUUGAUGCAAAUGUGUCUGAUGCUGAUAAAUUACAAUCGAGUCGACUACCCUCAUCAUCUGUUGCCAGCCUACAGACAUGUCAAAUGUUAAGUUCUCCUUAUGAAAGUUCUUUACUGUCUGAAAGGUCUGAGCAUUACCUGAGAAAGGCAGAUGAUGAUCUGUGUAAAUUGACCAAGGCUUCUAAUGAACCAGAAAAAAAUAAUGCCUUCACUUUUAGAAGACGGGAGCUGCAGAAGAAAGAAAACAAGAACUAUGAUGAACUGCAAAAGAGGAGGAGAAACAUGAACAGCACCACUCUUAGUCAGAAGGAAUUGGGCUCGUUUGAUUAUGAGAAAAGGAAAAGAAGAUCUAGUGGCUCUAUUCCUGAUGAUUGUAGUGCACACAUUCCAGAAAAAUCACUACUUCUGUCUAAAGAGCAAAGAUUGAGUUCAACUCAGUCUCCUGGCCGCGGAACACCCUGUAAGGAUGGACAAGGUUGCAGAUGUAAUACAACUCUGGUGCCAGAGUGUAUUCCCCAGCCAUUAGAGACAGACUAUAAAGACACUUCCACCCACAACCACUUAAGACCUGCUCACAGCUGCACAGAGAAAAUUGGCUCAGAGUCUCCUCCCAGAAAUUUUGCAGAGAAACAGCUUUCUGCCACCACUGAGAACGUGUUUUCACCACAAGUUAGUACCAUCAGGAAACUAAAGAUGGACACAUCGCAGUACCUGAGCAAGCUGCGGAACAGAAUCUACAGGGGUAAUCGGCAACUUGUUUCAGUUGACCCAAUUGUCCUUUCAAGUGACAGUAAAGAAGCAGACCAACAGUCUGACUUCUGUUUCUCGGCAAAGCAGUUGGAAGACAAGAUGGAAAGUCACACAGAGCAGGUAGUCCAGUUUUUGAUUGAAGAUAAAUGUCCUAUCAGCUUACCUUCUGGAAGCACACCUAGAAAACAGAUGAAUGCAGCACUGGAUGUUGAAUUUGAUAGUCUGUAUAUUGGGAAAUUUAAGUGGUUAUCAACAGGUCCUGCUAGGUUUACAACCAAGUAUAUUACGAUUCCAUUUCAGGUGGCUCUUAACAAAAAUAUUAAGCUGACAGUGGAUACUUUGGAUUUGAGACGGUUUGGCUUGUGGAGAAGUGAUGGUGGCUGUUCUUCAACGACUAUCAUUUUCCUUUGGUUGUCUGUGGAUUAUGUAGAAAAGAUUGAAACCCAAUUAGGAAAGUCAAUUAUCAACAAACCAUCCAAAUUUAGUGAAUUUGUAUUUCUUGAACUGUCCCAACCACUCACAGAAUGGGAGGAAGACAGAUUGACUGAAUUGAUUACAGUUGUGAGCAAGAAGAACAGAGCACCAGAUCUCCCUGAGUUUUUGUCUUUGAAGCAAGCCUUACCCUUGUUUAAGGACCUUUCUCCCGAAGAGAGCUCUUUUAUGAGUUCAAGUAAGGAUCUACUAAAGCAAUGUAUCCCAAAAGAGAAUACCUCAGAUGCCCAUGAGUCUGCAGUUCAGGAAUCAAAACGAAAAGUGGCCAGGCCCAGUUAUGCACUUGCAAAUAAGCAGAAUAGUGGUUGCUAUUCUAUCUCUCUGUCCUCUGCAUUGAAUGAAGAAUGGAAAGAAGUACGAGAAACUGGAGCAGUUAAGAAUUUAAUUGUUUAUCCACCUCCACCUGCAAAAGGAGGACUGGGAGUCACAAGAGAAGACCUAGAGUGCUUAGAAUAUGGAGAGUUUCUCAAUGAUGUCAUCAUUGAUUUCUAUCUUAAAUACCUGUUGUUGGAGAAGGCACCAAAACAGCUUGCUGACCGUACACACAUUUUUAGCAGUUUCUUCUAUAAGUGCCUGACCAGGACAGAAAAAAACUCCGAGGGGGAUCUCAAAGUUUCAGCAGCACAGAGAAGACACAGAAGAGUAAGAACAUGGACUCGUCAUAUAAACAUCUUCAGUAAAGAUUAUAUCUUUGUGCCUGUGAAUGAGGAGUCUCAUUGGUACAUUGCGGUUAUCUGUUUUCCUUGGUUGGAAGAAGCUGUGUAUGAGGAGUGUCCCCAUCAGAAUUCAUUAUAUCACCAGUCUCAACAGUCUCCACUUCAGUCAGGGAGUGAGAACACUACAACUGGUUCAGUGUUGGCCUUUUUUGGUAACUGCAAGGAUGAAGAAGAAAUGGAUGCCAGCAGAAGUUUGUUCUCAAAAGGUGGCAAUGAAAUUGCUGCUUCUGCUUCAGUCCUGAAUUCAGGUAUUUCUAAAAUCUCCUUAAGUAAUUCCAAAAGGCAAAUUUGUAAAAGGCCUUGUAUACUCAUCUUAGAUUCUUUGAAAGCUGGUUCCGUGCAGAAAACAGUUCAGGUUCUGAGAGAGUACCUUGAAAUGGAGUGGGAAGCUAAACGAAAAACGCAUCGAGAAUUCAAUAAAUCAACAAUGAUUGGCCUGUGUCCUACAGUGCCUAAACAAGAUAACAGCAGUGAUUGUGGGGUCUAUUUGCUGCAAUAUGUGGAAAGCUUCUUCCAGAACCCCAUAGUUAACUUUGAACAGCCACUGCACCUGGAGAACUGGUUCCCUCGUCAGCUGAUCAGAAGCAAAAGAGAAGAGAUUCGAGACCUCAUCUUGCAACUGCACUUUCAGCAGCAUAGUGGCAGCAACAGCAAAUAA